AUUACUUGUUUCUCUGUUUCCAGUUUAAAAACUUAACUUGUAGCCUAUACCUGUAUAUUGUAGUCUCUUCUCCCGCUCAUCUUAAACUGAAACACUGGUCUCUUUGACGGUUCUUCGCUAAAUCAAUAAAUAAUGACUCAUUUGUGUGAAUGUGUAAGACCAUACGAUCGGAUGAGAUUUGAACUGUUACUGGAGAUUCCAGUUUCUUCAAGUGCAAUGGCACUGAAUUAUUUAACAAAACAGAGUGCUUUGUGUGUGCGUGUGUGUUUGUGGCUUUCCACUUGUGUGUUUGAUGGAACAUCUAUUCGUUUGUAGCCUGGGUUUGUGUUUUUGUGUUUCCAGGGGGCCUGACCCAAAAGUGCUCUGACAAAGGUGGAUCUCCCCCCCGCACUAAGUGUGUGCUGCUCACACCACUGGCCCCAUCUGUAACAGGGGGCUGUGUGAACAAGGUAAGUGGCCACCACACUAUGACUGGUGGAUGUGCAGGCAGAAGAAAUGGCUUCCACACAAGGCAUGCCGAAGGCUCUCCAGUGCGCCCUCACCUGGUAACCAUAAUUAGGCCAAAUGAGGACGGGGCUAUCAGGAAGAUCUCGCUGCUUCUCAAUCGCCGGGCCGUGGUGUCGUUUGAGCAGCUGCUAAGUGAUGUGUCCGAGGCUUUGGGAUACCCAUCCUGGAAUAAUGAUCGUGUGCGGCACCUGUUCUCACCGGCUGGACAGGCAAUCAGUAGUCUUUCUCAGUUUUUCCAAGCAGAUGACGCGUUUUUGGCACUGGGACGGACACGGCCGUCUCUCGCCAGCCUGCAGAUGGCGCUGGAGGAACUCUACCCAGGUUGCCAGGGUUACUGCAAUGAGCUUCUGAAAAGGUGGCAACAGAGCUUGAGGCCCAAAGCCAGCAAGGCCGACAGUGGUUUCCAUGAUGUCAGCCCAAAAACAGAUCAUUCCCUAAGCAGCAUUCAAUCAAUCAGACCAUCUGCCAAUAACCUCCAGCCAAUCAGGGAGCGACAAGAGCAAAGGGAAAAAGAUUUGAAUGAAAAGCACAAGAGAGACAGAGAAAGAAAGUUGAGGAGGAGAAAAGAAAAGAUGGAGGAGUCCUAUCUCAAACCACACUCACAUGUUGACCAUCGGCUCCACACAUUGCCUGGGAAGCAAGGUGAACAAAGAGCACAGUGCUGCAAACGCACAGGAAACAAAUGCAGACACACACAGUCGGGUUCAGUUCCAAACGCUGCUGCCUCUCAGGACCACAGAGCGGUUCCCCUCCUGUCAAAUGCAGCAGAAUCUGCCCAGGUAAUGAUAUCACAGGAAGCACCCAGGCAGGCUCAGCAGGACAUGCCUGAGCUACCAGAUGGAGGAGAGGUCACACAGAUGGACAUUGAGCGUUGCUAUGACAUUGGCCGUGUGGUUGGUGAUGGGAACUUUGCAGUGGUGCAUGUGUGUGUGGACCGUCGGACAGGACACACCUGGGCCAUGAAAGUGGUGGACAAAGCCAAGCUGCAGGGCCGUGACCACAUGAUUCACAAUGAAGUUUCCCUAUUGGCCAGCCUGAGGCACCCAAGGGUGGUGCAUUUGCUGCGCUGCCACCACACAAACACACAUGUCUACCUGAUCAUGGAGCUGGCCUCGGAGGGAGAUCUGUUUGAUGCUAUUGUGACCAGUGCCAAAUUCAGUGAGGUCUGUGCAGCUGGCAUGCUGAAAGACAUGAGUGAUGCCCUCCAGUUCAUCCACAGCAGGAGCAUUGUACACAGAGACAUCAAACCAGAAAACCUGCUGGUCCAUCGGCAUGGGGAUGGUGCGGUCACUCUGAAGUUGGCUGAUUUUGGAUUGGCUCUGGUGGUUACUGAACCUCUAUACACAGUGUGUGGAACACCCACUUAUGUUGCUCCGGAGAUACUGGCAGAGACAGGCUAUGGUGUAGCAGUGGACGUGUGGGCAAUGGGAGUGAUUCUGUACAUCCUGCUGUGUGGGUUCCCUCCUUUCCGCAGUACAGAACGUAAUCAAGUGGAACUCUUUAAGCUCAUCUGUGCUGGAGACCUCCACUUCCUGCCCCCAUACUGGGACAAGUCUUCAGAGGGUGUUAAGGACCUGAUCCGAGGUCUACUUCAGGUGGACCCAAAAGAUCGUCUGACAGCACAUCAGGCUCAGCAGCACAGCUGGGUCCGGAGUCCUGGCAGAACCACCACCCAGCACACCCAACAGAGAGCGCAAGUGGCAACCACAGGCAACGGCCCUCCACAGACCACUCUGGACCAUAAACUCCCACAGAUCAGCACAGUCCACAGAGACCACACCAGACCAGCACAGACAAAAGAGGCUAUUGCACACCAGACCAGCACAAAUAAAAUGGCAGAAGAUGAACACAGAUCUGUGUGGACGAGAAGCGCCAGCAUGGACCAGACAAAUAAGCUUGGUUCAGUUUAUAGACUAGGAGAAAACAAAGAGACCAACAUAGAGACAAGUGAUGUGACAUCAUCAGGGACAUAAGAGAUAAGCUCACAUUUGAAACACCAAAACAUGGUUGACAGAUGUUUCUGCUGCAUCAGUAAGGGAUUUUCCUAGUGGUUCCUGUUCUGGAACAAUUUCGUUGCUGGAUACUAAAGUGAACAAGGUUGCGAAAGUGUAGGAAUUUUGUGGGAAAAUGUUCAAUUUCAGGAAUUUAUGGUAAUUUGGGGAAAUUUUGGGAAAUUUCCCAAAAAAAAAAAAAAAAAAUUAAAUUUCUCUUUGUAGGUUCUAUUAUAAAACACCCAAAAGUAGGGAGCAUGUUUCUAAAAAAAAAAAAGAAAAAAGAUUUGCCUGAAUUUCAAACAUAACUUGAAUUAUAUUAAUAACUUUAAAAAAUCAGCCCAGUUGAAAAUAUAUAUAUAUACAGUAUAUACAGUAUAUAUUGGUUAAACAUCCUCAAUAUACACUUCUUUUUCUUUAAAACAAUUAAUCAAUUAAUAUGGUGUAGCCAAUUUAGAAAAAUUCGCAUAAAAAUGCAUAAAGCAUCAGUAGAUCAGAGAACGCAAGUUUGCUAAAAUUUUAUCAUCUUUCUACAUUAACUGAAUGCCUAUUUCUUGCACCUUCUACAGAAGAUUUUACAUUAAUGAAAUAAAAUUAGGAAAAUGAUAUGUAAUGGUAUUUAG